AUGGCUGAGGCUUGGCAGUCCCGGGGUGGGGGUAAGGACGGCCAGUAUCCUCGCGGCUCUCCCGCCCUGGGCUUCACAAGGUCACCGGGACAUGGACUCUCAGACACCAGACCAGAGUUCUGGGGUGCCGGGGCCCGUGCGGGGCAGUCCUCCGCCGCAGAUCCGCGCGGAAGCGCUCCACGGCCUCGUGAGGGCGCACGGGGCCGCCGCCCCUCUGGACCCCGGGCUGGGCGCGCCCCGGGAGGCCGGGUGGAAGUGGCCGCCCUGGGGUCCCCCCGCUCCCCACCGAGGGCCCCGCCGCUUCCGCUCAUCCUGGAGCGGUCGGGAGAGCCGGGACGCACCGCCAGCGCUCUACAUCGCCGACCCCACCCCCUCUGGAACCUCCUGCUCCUGCUAUGGACCCUCCUGAACUGUGGUUUGGGAGGCAGUGCUCAGGGUCCAGGAGAGUGGACACCAUGGGGUUCCUGGAGCCACUGUUCCAGCUCCUGUGGGCAGGGGCUCUCUGUGCGAAGUCGGCGCUGUAUCCGGCUCCCCAGUGAAGAGCUGUGCUGGGGGGACACCCAUGAGUACCGCCUCUGCCGGUUGCCAGACUGUCCCCCAGGAGCCAUGCCCUUCCGAGACCUCCAGUGUGCCCUCUACAAUGGCCACCCUGUCCUGGGCCCCCAGAAGACUUACCAAUGGGUGCCCUUCUAUGGUGCUCCCAACCAGUGCGACCUCAACUGCCUGGCCGUGGGACAUGCCUUCUACCACAGCUUUGGCCGCGUCCUGGACGGUACUCCCUGCAGCUGGGGUAGCCAGGGACUCUGCGUGGCUGGCCGCUGCCUGAACGCCGGCUGUGACGGUUUGAUGGGCUCGGACGCCCGCGAGGACCACUGUGGUCGCUGCGGCGGCACCAACGACUCGUGCCUCUUCGUGCAGCGCGUGUUCCGGGACACCGGAGCCUUCGCAGGAUACUGGAACGUGACUCUGAUCCCCGAGGGCGCCAGACACAUCUACGCCGCCCAUCGGAGCCGAAACCACCUGGCGCUGAUUGGGGGCGACGGGCGCUACGUGCUCAACGGCAACGGGGAGGUCAGCCCGUCCGGGACAUAUGAGGCGGCGGGCACCCGCGUGGUCUACACCCGCGCUGCAGGGCCAGAGGAGACGCUGCGCGCGGCCGGACCCACGUCCCAGGACUUGGUCCUGCAGGUCCUCCUGCAGGAGCCCAAUCCCGGCAUUGAGUUCGAGUUCUGGCUCCCCAGGGAGCGCUAUGGCCCCUUCCAGGAGCAGGCCCAGGCCCUGGGCUGGUCCCUGAGGCAGCCGCGACCUCUGGAGGGGGAGCCCCAGUCCCUUGAGCCCCAGGAAGCCCUGGCUGCUUUCCCCACACGGACCCCAAACCCCACCCCAGAUCCCUGCCCACCCUGUCCCGACACCCGUGGUCGUGCCCACCGGCUUCUCCACUAUUGCGGCAGUGACUUUGUGUUCCGGGCUCGAGUGCUGGGCCACCUCCGCCAGGCCCAGGAGACCCGCUAUGAGGUGCGUGUGCAGCUUGUCUACAAGAACCGCUCGCCACUGCAGUCCCUCGAGUAUGUGUGGGCACCUGGCCGCUGCCCCUGCCCACCAAUGGCCCUCCAUCGAGAGUACCUGCUGGCUGCCCAGCGCCUUGUCAGCCCCGAUGGCACUCAGGACCGGCUGCUGCUGCCCCAUGCUGGCUAUGCCCGGCCCUGGAGCCCCGCCGAGGACAGCCGUGUACGCCUGGCUGCCAGACACUGCCCUGUCUGAGCCCCCAGACAAGGCCGCACCACACACAGCAAGAAAGAUGUGCCUGACCAGGCUCAAACUCAACCU